AUGACACCAUCCCAGAGGAAUGUGGAUGACGGGAUCGUCGUUCAAAUCGAUGAGAGGGACGCGCGUUCACGCGGCCUUGCCUCACGCAAGCGAGCUCGAUUCGAAUUUUCGCCGGAGAUAGACCAGAACGCUCGAAGCGGUAGGAGAAGAGAUGGGCCAGCUCAGCCACAUGAGGGCGAGAGUCAUAGUCGAGGGGCCACUGUGACCUCACAAGAUGCGGACAAGAGGGCGUACCUGGAUGCGGAGACCUAUGCUCCCACCAAGUUUGGUGACUUUGCCACUUUCAUGCGCAACAAGAGAGCCAAGGUUCAUCUGAUCAACAUCCUCGCUGCUUCUGUCGCUCAGUUGAAAGUGCAAGAAAGUGACGAGGCUGCCAAUGGAAAUGAUGAAGCUGGUUCUCGCAUCUUUGAGAAGACGAACAUCUACAUCAAUGGUCACACCACGCCGCCAUACACCGAGCUUCGUCGACUUCUGCUAUUGCACGGUGGCUCGCACAUGGCAUAUUUGGACACCAAAACGCCUUGCACCCACAUCAUCGCCUCUUCCUUGACACCCAAGAAGCGCGUCGAGUUCAAAGACUAUCGCGUCGUCCUGCCCGCGUGGGUGACGGACAGCAUCAAGGCUGGUCGUCUACUAGACUGGCGAAAAUAUCGAUGCGGAGCAGAUGCCUCCGGUGCCAUGCAUCCCGGCUCAAUCUCUGCAGGCCGAGCAAAUGCACCGGGCAGGCCUCCAGCGACGGGUGAUCUUGCUGGUCGAAAAGAUUGGAGAAGCUUCGGCACGUCUCAGGCGGCGUCGCAGAGCGUCGAUGGUGCAGGAUCUGUCGAUGUGCAGCCGUCAGGCUCUUUGCAUGACUCGAGUCAAGCUGGAGAUGUGAUCACUCCUUCUACAACGCCUUGGGGGCGCGAGAGCGCCCAAAGACGAUUGACCUCAUGGCACGCCGGAGCCCGGCACGAGGACGAGAGCAGUCAGGGGAGGGCAGCACAGCCCGAGAAGACUGGUCAGACCGAGAUUGCAGCAGCAGUCUCGCAGAGCUAUCUAACCGAGUCAUCAGGGUCUCUUACGGGAGCAGACAGACAAGACUCUCCGCCAGCCACUCCAACGAAGACACGCGUUGAGUCCAGUGACGACCAAGUGUCCCCGCGGACUUGGCUGGCAAACGUAGAGACGCCUGAAAAACCCAAAGCACCGGGAGACUCUGUGCAGCUCGAUUAUGAGGCACCGACACAUUCGAUCCGCCCAUCGACGCCACCUCCGUUCCAUGGAUACUCUUCUCGACCCUCUCAUCUUUCCGCUGCCCGUUUGCUUGCGUCUCCGUCAUGGAGAGAGAAGCACACGGCGACAAGCGACUCUUUUCUUGCCGGCUACUUCGACAAGAGCAGGUUGCAUCACUUGAGCACGUGGAAAGCUGAGCUGCAAGACAUGGUGGCUCAGGCAAUGAAGGAGUCUGGAAGAGGAGUAGAGGGCAGCAAAGAUUUGCCGAGUGGAGUCAAGCGCGUCAUCAUGCACGUUGACUUCGACUCUUUCUUCGUCAGUGUCGGGUUGAGGAAUCGACCAGAACUGCGCGACAAGCCAAUUGCAGUGUGCCACGGUGCAGGGGAAGGUGGCGACAUCGCUUCGAGCACUUCCGAAAUAGCUUCGUGCAAUUACAUUGCCCGCAAGUACGGCGUGCGAAACGGCAUGAGCUUGGGUCAGGCGCGUAAGCGCUGCGCAGAGAUCGCUACUAUUCCCUACGAUUUCGAGGCCUACAUGGAGAUCUCGAUUCACCUCUACUCAAUCCUUCUCGCUCACGCUGAUGUUGUCGAGUCUGUCAGCAUCGAUGAGGCUUUGCUAGACGUUAGUCUGCUUCUCGACAGCAUGCGCAAGGAGCACGCAAAAGACGCCCCAGACUGCGAUGCUGGUGACUGGCGGGCGCUUUUAGCCGCAUACAAAGGGCAUACUAGUACUCAAGGAGAAGCUUGGUCAGAAGAAAAACAGCUAGCAGAGGCAUUCAGAGACGAGGUUCGGCGUCGGACUGCCUGUGAGGUAAGCAUAGGGAUCGGCGCCAACGUCUUGCAGGCGCGACUCGCGACCCGCAAAGCGAAACCUGGUGGCUCCUAUCAUCUACAGGCCUCUGGGGUCUUGCAAUUUACAGCAGAACUCGAUGUUGACGAUCUGCACGGCGUCGGCUGGAGUCUACGGGCAAGGCUCAAGGACCUUUUCGGCACUGCAAAAGUUGGCGAGCUGCGAUCGCUGGUAAAGCAGAAUCGCCUCAUGGCCGAGCUUGGACCCAAGAUGGGCCGCGUAGUGUGGGACAAGAUGCACGGACGUGAUCGAGACAGACUAGAAGGCUAUCGUCAGCGCCAAAGCUUGGGCGCUACAGUCAACUAUGCUAUUCGUUUCAAGAGCAUGCAAGAGUCUGAGGACUUCAUACGCCGCCUGUCGGAAGAGGUAUCUCAACGUCUCAGGAAAGCCAAGCUCCGUGGACGUCAGUUGUCCGUCACAGUGAUGGUCCGUGCUCCGACAGCACCAGUGGAGGCCCCGAAGUUCAUGGGCCAUGGUAUCUGCGACACGUUCAACAAAAGCACCCCAGUGUCAGGCUCAGCGGCUAUCGCCGAUGCUGACUCCAUCUUCAAGUUAGCAUGGCCAAUGAUCAGCAAGGUAGCGCCCGACGCAACACAACAACGUGGUCUAGGCAUCAGUUUGCACAAACUUGAGCCGAGCGAUGGCAGUGUCCUUCCGCUACCCAGGUCGGCGCCGGGCCAGCAGCUGCUCAGCUUUGGAAAGCGUGCGCAGCAGCCUUCUGCACAGGUCGCGUCUCGCAGCCCACAACGUCGCGAUUUGCCCGAAGAGCCGUUCGAAGACAGCGAAGACGACGAGGACGCCGAGCAACACGCCACAAUGCUCCAUGCCGGGCCGGUAGGUAGGGCAGCGCGAUCGCCGAGUCCUCGUGCACGCCGCACCAAGCCUUCAGGCCAGAUCCGGGACUCGAGGGACAGCGGGCUCGUGGUCUCGGACGAUGAUGCCGCACACGAAGACGGGCGUCAAGUCCCUGACCAGGCUGAUGUCAGGAUGCCAGUAGGAACCCAAUUCGCAGUUCCUCCUUUGUCGCAGAUAGACCAAGAAGUAGUGGCUGCUUUGCCGACGCAAAUUCGCAGUCAAGUCAUGGAUAGACUGGCACAGUCUAGUGAGGGUCACACGAGCACUUCUCGAGAGCUCCAAAGAAGACCAGCGGAGCCAAUUGCAGCACCACGAGCAAAUUCUGCGGAGCCGAGUCCUAGCUCUGAACGGAUUGCCGAGGCCAUCGAACCUUUCGAAAGCCCACGGCGAGGGCUAUUGCCACUCGGUUCUCCUGCUCGAGCUUCUUCCACGACCCCAAGCAAGAGGCACAAACAGAGGGGCAUACAAAGCGCAUUCAAAAUAGCGCACGCUAUGAGCAUGCCUAGCUUCUCGCAGCUCGAUCCGAGCGUACUGGAAGCCUUGCCAGAAGAGCUGCGCACCGAGGUGUUGCGUGAAGCCGGGAUUAGAUCGCGCAGUGCGGCUGGCAGCUCGUUGAUGGGUGCGCGACGUGCCGCCUCGAUCUCACCCGUCAAACGAGCUGGCUUACUUUCGGCGGCCGCGAAGAGUCACAAUCUAAUGUCUACAUCGCGAGGCAGCUCUAAGAUGUCCAAGAGCGUCGAGACUGUUCCGAUCCCUCUCGAUCAGCCGCUCGCAGACGUCGCGAUCCAAAUGGCCGAUCCGACUCGGCUGUCUAGCAAAGAGCUAGAAGCACUUGAGAUCGACCCCGACUUCUUCAGAGCUUUGCCCGUAAACAUACAACGUGACAUCAUAAUGGAACAGAACCGCAUCAUGGAAUCCCGCCGAACGCGGUUCAAGGGAGGUCGACAUGCUGAGGAGCGGACACGCGCGCAACAGCGCAGGGAAGCUGCGCUCAAAGCGGCUGGAGUGGGCUCAGCGCAGCUAGAUAGUGUCGUGAGACGAGGCAUGCUCGACUUGUCCAGUCUGGACUCCUUGCCCAGCUUGAUCCGCGCCAAACAUAAUUAUGAAGCAAUGCCGAGCGUGAAGGGGUGCUCCACAAUCGAAGACGUCACGUGGCUGCUUGGAGAAUGGUUCAAUCGUCAAAAGGAAUCUGGACCUCGAGAAGGUGACGUCGCUCGAUUCCGGGCCUUUCUCAAAUCGUGCGUAGAAGAAGAUUCUUCCAUCGCUCACCAGCACCUAGAUUUAGAGAAGGCUGCUGCUGUGCUCAAAGCUUGGCGCAAACUACUCCUUCAAGCGAAUAUGCUCCCGCUCACAGCCCAGCAACAACAAUCCAACGGGGUCGACGGGCCAGACCUAGGCUCCGCUGCUGCGCUCUGGCGCGCGGCCUUCGAUGCAGCACGCAAGGAUGUCGACGAGCGCGUACGCAAACGCUUUGGCUUUGCUCUUUCUCUACAGUGA